GCUGCCGCCCCUCAUUACAAACACACACACACACACAAAAUCCUCCCUCCCUCCCAGUCUGUUCUCCGCCUCCCCUCCCUGCCUCUUUUUCCUUCAGUUGGCUUUUUCCCCACCGCUCAGCAUCCUCUUCUGCGUGUAGGCUGGAGCCACAGAAGCAGCAGUAGCAGUAGAAGCAUCCAUGGCUUAAUGGAAAGCUAGCCUAGCCCCUACCCCUCCUCUCUUUUUCCUCCUUUCUUCCUGUCGAGCGAGUUGACAGGCAGCGUCUGGGAUUGUUGGAGGCUCACAGUUAGCCAGGGCGUUAUCCACGAGCUUGCAGCUGCUCUGCUGCCCAUCAGUUCCACUGAAUAUUUGUAACCGGGGGCUUCUUCUCCUCUCCUCCUCCCCGUGCCUCCUGGUUUCAUUUCAGGCUCUUUGGAAAUAGAGGAAUGCAAAUCUGCAACCAUGAUGGAAGGAUUGAAAAAACGUACCAGGAAGGCCUUCGGGAUACGGAAGAAAGAGAAGGACAGUGACUCUACAGGGUCUCCAGACAGAGAUGGUGGUUCUCAGAAGAAGACAAAUGGAGCCCCAAAUGGCUUCUAUGGAGAUAUCGACUGGGAAAGAUAUAACUCACCUGAGUUGGAUGAUGAAGGCUACAGUAUCAGACCUGAUGAAGAGUCAGAGGAAGGAGCUACCAAAAAGACCCAUUUCUUCUCUUCUGAUGAAUCUGAGGAGGAAGAGGACCACAAGAAGAAAUUCAAAAUCAAAAUCAAACCGCUGCCAGCUGAUUGUGUCUUAUCGGCUCCUUCGGUUGAUGAGCUCAAAGCUUCCAUCGGAAACAUAGCCCUGUCCCCGUCUCCUAUGAAACGUAGCCCGGGUAUUAAAAGGAACACAUCUAGUGAGGAAAUUGCCAGGCCAAGGCGUGCUGUUCCCGCUGCUCCCAUUGUGGCUCCCACACCAGCUCCAGCACCACAACCACCCAGCAAUCAGCAAACAACAGUCCCUGAAGACACCACAGCCUUAUUUGGGCCUCCUUUAGAAACAGCCUUCGGAGAACAGAAAGCUGAAGUGGUUCUUUCUGAGCCCGAUGUGUGGGGGACUUCUUUCUCAGAGCCUGAAACCUCUUUAACGAGGUCCUUCCCCACAGGAACUCCUCCUCCGCUUCCACCUAAGAAUGUCCCAACUUCACCCCCAACAACUGGAGCCUCAUCUCCUGAUGCUGCUGAACCAUCAGCAGAUGCAAAUGACUCAAGCAGGAAGCCCUCAAUAGCAGACCUGGACAACAUUUUUGGACCGGAGGUGGCUCCCCCUGCUGGUGAAGAGAUAGAUGACAAGUGGGUCUGCUUCAGUGAACACUCUCCCGCUGGACCACCAGCACCAAAGGAACCUGCACCACAUAUGACCUCUUCACCACCCCCUCCUGAAGAGCCAGCACCUCCUCCACCAGCCUCUCCUCCUCCACCUGAAUCCCCAGCUCCACUUCCUCCCCCCAUCGCUCUUUCCCCAAAAGAAGACUCGCCUCCUCCUCUUCCAACUUCCCCACCUCCGUCAGAGGAGCCUUUCUUGCCUCCCAUACAUUCAGGUCCCUCCACACCAGAAGACAAGAAUCUGCCCUCCAUCACCUCUUCUCUGCCUCUUGCAUCAAAGGAACAUACAUCACCUCCAGCUUCCUCCCCGCCUCCUCUUAGUUCACCUGCUGAUGUCCCACCAGUCCCUGCCCCCAAGGAUGGCACCCGUGAAGUGGUGACUCUUCCUUCUGAAGAACCUCCAGCUUCCUCAAUCCCAUCACCCCUUGUCUUCUCUCAAGAGGAGCAGUCUAAGAACACAAACACCUCUCAUCCCAAAGAGGAAGGAGGUGAAACGAUCACCUCUCCCAAAGAUGCCAGCCAGGAAAGUCGGAGCACACCACCACCGCCUCCUCCACCUCCAACGUACCGUGCAGUAGUUUCAUCACCAGGCCCCACAACUGGAGCAGGCGGGACAAAUAGUGGUUCCUCCUCACCUGUAAGACCUUCCACCCCUUCGUCAGUCAACGCAACUCCACCCCCACCUCCGCCUCGGCCUCCUUCACGACCCAAGCUUCCUCCUGGGAAACCUGCUGUUGGAGAUGUGAACCGGCCGUUCAGCCCACCAAUCCACUCGGCGAGUCCUCCUCCCAUUGCUCCACUGGCACGAGCUGAGAGCACCUCCUCAAUCUCCUCCACCAACUCGCUGAGUGCUGCCACUACACCCACUGUUAACAAGGAGUUGUGUGUGUCUGUGUCAGAAGAUGAUGCUUAUGUAGACAAACUGCCCACCUUUGAGAGGCACUUUGAUUCAUUUGCAGAGAAUGACCAGCCAUCCCUUGUUUGGUUUGACAGAGGGAAGUUUUAUUUAACCUUUGAAGGCUGCUCCCGAGGACCGAGCCCUCUCACUAUGGGGGCCCAGGACACACUUCCUGUGGCCGCAGCAUUCACUGAGACUGUCAACGCCUUUUUUAAAGGAGCAGACCCCAGCAAGUGUGUUGUGAAGGUCAUAGGUGAGAUGGUUUUAUCGUUUCCGGCAGGAAUCACACGGCACUUUGCCAAUAACCCGUCCCCUGCCGUGCUAACCUUCAGCAUAACCAACUACAGUCGACUGGAGCAUGUCCUGCCUAACCCCCAGCUGCUCUGCUGCGACACCACCACCACACAAUCUAAGGCUGAUUCAAAGGAGUUCUGGGUGAAUAUGCCAAACCUGAUAUCUCAUCUAAAGAAGGUGGCUGAGCAGAAGCCGCAGGCAACGUACUAUAACGUCGACAUGCUCAAGUAUCAGGUAUCAACGAAUGGCCUCCAGUCAGCUCCUCUGAACCUGGCUGUGAGCUGGAGAUGUGAGCCCACCAGCACUGACCUGAGGAUAGACUACAAGUAUAACGGGGAGGCCAUGUCUACACCAAUGGCUCUCAACAACGUCCAGUUUCUCGUCCCAAUCGAUGGAGGUGUUUCAAAGUUACAAGCUGUCCUACCUCCUGCUGUGUGGAAUGGAGAGCAGCAAAGAAUCCUAUGGAAGAUCCCUGAUAUCUCCAAGAAAUCUGAAAAUGGAGGUGUGGGGUCCCUAUUGGCACGCUUCCAGCUAACGGACGGUCCCAGUAAACCGGCUCCACUGGCAGUGCAGUUCACCAGUGAGGGCAGCAACCUGUCAGGAUGUGACAUUGAACUGGCUGGACCAGGAUAUCGCUUCUCUCUAGUUAAAAAGAGGUUUGCUGCAGGAAAAUACCUGGCUGACAAUUGACCCCCAGUAAGAGCAGCACUGUUAAACUGAACAACUGUCAUGGACCAAGGUUAGCAAUGCGACCAGAGGACAGACCCAAACCAGACACUCCUGUAACCUUUUCUGAACCCACACAACAGGUCUGCAGCCUACCCAGCAGUAUUGUAUAACUUGCAUAUAGCAUUGUGGAACUGUUUCACGUCAUGUAAUUAUUAUAGUAUUUGUACUCAUCUCAUACAAAACAUGUGUUGCUGCAGUUAGACACCUGGGUUCUUUCCUUCUCUAAAGUCUGUGCCUCUGUCUCCAUCCUCCUCUGGUCAGUGUUUGGUGGUGUUAUUUAAAGUUUCACUGCAGCUGCCUGACAGAAGACUUGAACAGAGCAUUUUUCUUUGGUCUGUGAAGAACUUUUUCGCAGUAACACAUCUCAGCCCACACAGUUGAAUCAGCACAUACAGCAGUACAAAAUGAGUGAUGCUAAGUCACAAACCCCAGAGCAAACAUACUUUUGUUAAUGAUUGUUGUCAGUGCGUUGAAACAAUCUAAUUAAAACAAAUUUAAGUGGCUACAUAAACAUAGUUUUUCAAGGAUUGCGUACUGGUACUACAGGGUCUUACAACUUUCAAUUGCAUCCUGUUUGAUGGAACAAUCGGAUAAUUCGGAUAAUCUCUUAAUUGCACACUUAUACUGAGAAGUGUUAGGCAGCUGCAUUGAUGAGUCAGUUCACUGGUUGAAAAUAAAAAAAAUCUUAAAAAAUAAGCAGGGUUUUCCUGUCAGAACAAAAGAAUUGUACAGUGUCAUUUUAACAUGUAUCUCAAAGGGCGUUUGGUGUUUUCCUUGUAUUGUCAGAUAGCCUUUCUGUUGUUCCCAGAACAGCAGUGUUAGACACCAGAGUCACAUGACAGCAUUCUAUUUUUAUUUAUUGAUGACGAUUUGUUGUAUAAAACAUGUGAUUCUGUAUAUGAAUAGAAUCUGAAUGGUAUCACACAACUUGGAACCCUUAAAUGUAUAAAUAUUUGAAUUCUCUUGCAUUUUUGUUAUCUGUGUAGUUGGGUAACCUUGUGUACAGUAUAAGGUAUAAUUUUUUGAAUUUAUUUCAGAUAUAAUUUUUUAACUCAAGUGCAACAGAAGAUUUGAGCUAUAUAUGGGUGGGGGUCAUGGGGUAAUUUAAAGAAAAUGAUGAAUAUCUUCCUGGAUGCCGUGUUAUGCUUUGUGAAAGCAGUGUUAUCGUAGUGUUAGAAGUCCACACUUAAAGUUAUAUGUGUGUGUUUUAUUUUGAAAGUUCAUGCUACCCAACUAGCCCCUCUAUACCUUCUUUAGAGGUUAUUCACCCAUUCAUAGUUUUUAUACAAUCACUUCCAUUGCACAUAAAUAACAAUCUUUUUCAGUUGGCAAUAGCAGUUUAGUUACAGCGUAACUCAAAUCAACUCAACUUUUCUGCAACUUGCUUAUAAAUCAGGUAGGAGUUGCUGUUUAGCAUUACAAGCUGUUAAUGAGGGCAUAACAAAAGUUGUGUUUCCAACAUCUAGAGUAGUUUUUCUGAGCCAUUUAUAUUUACCCACUUCUAUUUUAACUUGAUUUGCCAGAGUAAAAAUCUAAACCAAACAGGGCCUGUAGAACCCUUGCUAUUACCCUGUACCUUUGUAGUGAUCUCUGGAUUUCAAAUUGGCAGAAUAUUUGAAGCAUUUUGUUUUGGAAGUACUCCACUGGUUGUAUUUUACAUUAUUUUUACAUGUAAUAUAUUUUAAAUCCAAUACAUGUGUGCAAACAGGGAGACCAAAUAUUCUUAUCAUAGUGCUAUUUUAGUUUUAAUUUGUUUAUGUGGAAAUGUUUUACGUUUGUUUUGAGGCACAAUAAAAGCAAUUACACCACCAUAAGAAUGUUUAUUUUAAACUAAUUAGUUUUUAAAGAUUACAUGUGUGCAAUAUUAUUUUAAGACACAUGGCAUUGAUUUAAUUUAUAACAUGUCUCAUAAUAUGUUAUGUUUCCUCAGAGUUUCAGGAUAUUGUAAUAUUGUGUCCAAGUAAAACACUGAGAAAAUAUCAGACAUAUUGGUUAUAACAGCAGAGUACUUCUGUUUAUCUCUCAUCUGUCAUAAAUAUACUUAAAGGCUUUUGCAGCUGUAGGGUACAUUUGAAACUCUUUACAGUUACACCUUCAAAUGGAAAUUGAAAUGAGAAGUCACUAUAAAAACAUAAUCAGUUAUAGUUUCCAUUCCUGAAAAACAAGAACUUAAUGAGAACAUUUUGUAGGGAAUCUACACUUGUGAUUUGCAGACUAACGACUGAGUCAAGCGACUUUUUUCUACAUAAACUGCACUGCAAGCAAAACACAGCAAACAACCCAAGGUAGACCUUGUUCACAGUCAUUAAUUUUUAAGGGAGUAAUGGUUCAGGAAAACAUGAUUAUGUUGAUAAAACACGUACAAACUUAACAUUACUGUCUUCUGUCCAAGAUGUUGGAGUCAGUUUCCACCUGCAGGUUGAUGGAUUUGCCAGAUAGCAGUUGAAUGUCUUGUGUGAGCACCAUAAGACAGGCACUAUUAAAGCUAGUUGGUUGCAGCAACUGAACUUUCAAAGAGUAAAACUUGCAUAUACACACUGAAAUGUUUGACAUUUUAGAAUUAUCAUUACCUUUUAUAUCUGUUCACUUAGCAGAAAGACUGUGUUUAUAUUUAUUUAUUAAAUAUUUCUUAGGCAGUACCUAUAAAGACUCAGAGUAUCACACAUUUUCUUUUCUUAACUGAAGAUAUCAAUCUAUCUUAAUGAAAAAGUGUAACAUGCACCUUAACAAAGCUUCAGAGGUUUCUUUAUGCAGAUCAUUAUAAUGCAGCUGUUUUUAAUCGAACCAAGAUGAUUUUUAUCCAUCUCCCUGACAGUGUCAAAUGGCCCUGCUUCAGCAAAUCUGUUGCAAGUUUGGGCGCUGUUACGACUGGCUCAAGCUUUUACUGAUUCAAAAUUUUAAUUAUGUGAAUCCUCUUGACUUUACCAAAUAGCUCUAGAAAAUCACAAGAUUCCCUUUAAUUUUACGUCUUACUAAUUGAUUAUAAGAUAGAUCACUCGGAUGCAAAAAUAUUACAUAUUUAUUCUAAUAGUCAAAAACUGUUAGCAAGCAUUCAUUAGCAUCAGCAUUGGUUACUCUUACCUCCCUCCAGCCUCGUAAGACCUGAGACUUGUUCACUUUUGAAUAUAGCUACAGUUUGCGGUUUCCCCCUGAUUGCAGUCUUUAUGCUAAGAUAAGCUAAGACUAAGUUUGUGGUAAAUUCUAGGUAUAAAAAGCAGCCGCUGAAGCUGGAGUUUCCAGUCUACAAAGUCAAACCUCCUUGAGCUAUCCAGGAUGUAAAUCCAGUAUGGUUGCCAUGCAUUUACUAAAAAUUAGCAAUUGUAGAUUUUUGCUUUCAAAUUGAGUGCACUCAACAUCCAACUUCCAAGGCAAAUGGAUGCAGUAUUAACAAAUCCAAAAUGUCAAGCAGUUUCUUUCAAAUAUAACAUGUACAACAAUAAAAAAUAAAAUAAAAAUUUUCUCAGCUGCAAAUAAGUUUACUGGGACCAGCUUGUUUCUCAUACCCUCCAAGUAAUAGAGAAACUUUAAUCCAGUAAAUAAAAUCACUACUAGAUACUACUAGCCUUUGGUUUUUACCAGUUAUACUUUUCACCUGAUACCAGUUGUCUCAAUGGUAUCUGACUCCCAGAAACCUUAUGCAGCACACCCAGUUGAUCAUGCCAGCGCUUGAAUUCAUGGCUUUAAUUUUCAUAUAUGUAAUGGUCUCUGUGAGAUGACUUGAUUUGAAUGAGGGUGUGAAGCAAGGUUAAGUAGACCAAAAUUCUAUUUUUGUUCUGUUUUUGUAUUUUGUGUGUGUGCGUGCGUGUGUGUACCCCGGACAGUCAGUCCUGUGUUGAGGAUAAUAAGAUGAAUAUUUUUAAAAUGCAGAAAAAUAUAUUAUUGUUUAAUGUGAGAACAACAACACUGUGCUGAUUAUGUUCAACUUCCUGAAUGCUCUGAAACACAAAGAACAAAGUCUGUGUACGAAGUGGAACUGAAAACUGUAUGUGGUGUACUGUUUGUCUGCAUUCUGCUAAAUGUAACCAAUCACAGUCUCGUGACUAACUCUAGAGGGGAAAACAAAUCUGUAAGUCUAAUAAUUUUGAUUUAUGAAGUACUUUUGACUGGAUAUAGUUUGCAUUGUAAAUAUAUUUAGUGACUAAGGAGCUGGGCUGCACAAUUAAAUUCAAACAUUUUGGGUUUUUGCAGAUGUUUUAUGUUCUUGUGUGCAGACCGAAUAUAAGGGAACAUUGAAGAUGAAUUUUGAAGUAAGAUGACUGAUUGGUGCCAUUUAGCUACCAGUGGAACCUUCAUCUGAUAAUUAUAGCUUUUUAUGUUGAAUAGACACCUUGUCCAACAGGACUCUGUUAUCUUUUGUAUGAAUUGUGAGAUUUUCAGUGCAACAGUCACUACAGCAUUAUCUGCCAAUGCCCACAAUAUGCAGUGCUUCUCAUGUAAGCAUUUUAAAUUGUCAUUACUCAAUAGAUUAAGCUUUUUGUCAGUUUGAAAGACAUAACCAAAGUCUUUAAUUGGUUUAAAUUAAAUUUUUAAAAAUAAAAUCGAAAUAUGUGAGCAAUUUCCUGCUCUUCGUCCCAGUGAUGAAUUUUUCUGCCUGUAGUUUUGCAUGCAGAGCAUGCAAUAAAAAGUGAGGCAUCGAUGGUGAUAGGUAGUACUGAAAUGACAUGUUGUGCUGAGUGUCAUUUACCUUGGAUUAUGUUGAAAAGAGAGCAGGGAGUGGAUUUUUUGUUUGUGAGAAGCCAGGAUGCUUCUUUUUGGUUCUGUGCAGUUAACCUCAAACUCAUGUGCAAGCUGUUUGUACAGAACAUAACAAUGCUAAGAUAAACUGAGAAAAUUUGUUUGCUUCUUUCCAAAACCAAUAAAAAGUAUAACUGGA